UGGCUGGCUGCUUCUCCGCGACUCCACCCCUCCUGCAGACGAAGGCAUGGCGAGCACCGAAGCUAGAAGGGAGUGUGAGACAGAGGGCUGCAGCAAGGACGCCAAACUCCAGUGUCCCACAUGUAUCAAGCUUGGUAUUCAAGGCUCCUAUUUCUGUUCACAGGAAUGUUUCAAAGGGAGCUGGGUGUCUCACAAGUUGCUGCACAAAAAAGCAAAGGAGGACAAGAACCAGAAUGAAUCUAAGAACUGUGUGGAGAAGGACAUCAACACAGACCCAUGGCCGGGCUACCGCUACACAGGAAAACUACGCCCUCACUACCCACUGACUCCCAUGAGGCCUGUGCCUGGUGACAUCCAAAGACCUGACUAUUCAGAUCAUCCCAGAGGGAUAUCUGAGUCUGAGCAGUUUCUAAAGGGGACGUCACAGAUCAAGAUCCUGUCUCCUGAGGACAUCGAAGGCAUGAGAGUGGUGUGCGAGCUGGCACGAGAAGUCCUGGACAUCGCAGCCAUGAUGGUGAAACCGGGCAUUACAACAGAAGAAAUAGACCACGCUGUGCAUCUGGCUUGUACAGCAAGGAACUGCUACCCCUCCCCACUCAACUACUACAACUUCCCCAAAUCCUGCUGCACAUCUGUCAAUGAAGUCAUCUGCCAUGGCAUCCCAGACAGAAGACUACUACAAGAAGGGGAUAUCCUCAACGUGGACAUCACUGUCUACCACAACGGUUUCCAUGGGGACCUCAAUGAAACCUUCUAUGUUGGAGAAGUGGAUGAAGAAGCAAAGAAACUGGUCGAGACAACAUAUGAAUGCCUUAUGCAAGCCAUUGACUCUGUGAAGCCUGGGGUUCGCUAUAGAGAACUGGGGAACAUCAUCCAGAAGCACGCUCAGGCCAACGGCUUCUCUGUAGUGCGGAGCUACUGUGGUCACGGCAUCCACAGACUCUUCCACACUGCUCCCAAUGUGCCACAUUAUGCCAAAAACAAAGCAGUUGGAGUUAUGAAGCCUGGCCAUGUGUUCACCAUUGAGCCCAUGAUAUGUGAAGGUGGCUGGCAAGACGAGACGUGGCCCGACGGCUGGACGGCAGUGACCAGAGACGGGAAGCGCUCGGCUCAGUUCGAACACACCCUGCUGGUGACGGAGACCGGCUGCGAGAUCCUCACCCGCCGCCCCGAGGACAACGGUCGCGCUCAUUUCCUGAGCCAAGUGUAGGCUGGACCUGAACGCACCAAGGACUGGACUCUCCAGACAGAGACACCCAGCACCUCUGGGUCUCUCUCACUCACACACACACACACACAUGCGCACACACACAUCUGAAACAAGAGGCACCACUCCUAGAGCUCAGUUUAACUGUGGCUCUCAUUGUUCUUUGAAUUAAAUAUUGGUUCCUCGAAUUAAAUGGAAGUACUUGAAUGUGUCUUAUAUCAAACGUGGAUCGCUUUAUUAGUGAAAACAGUGUCCUCUGAAGGAAAGAAAGUAUUUAUUAGGUUUUGGUUUUGCUUCGUGGUCAGGCAUGACAUCAGGCCGGUUUUGACCUCUGGGUCAUGUCAGAGUUUUUACUGGCUGGCUAGUUGUUGUCUGUGGUGUGUGGAGCUCAGGGCGAAUCCAACUCUAACCCAGGCUUCGCUUCAUUUCUCUUAGCCAAUGCUAACUCAAUCAGACUUCCUAAGAAUUUCCCAGAGAUGGACUGAAAAGUACCUGGAAACCUGGUCAACAAGUCUCACAAACUCAACAACUAGCAACUCAAAGCUUAUUUAGGAUAAGGAAAAUAACACAAGGCCAAAAAAACGAAAAGAUUUCAGCCAACGAAAACCAUCCUCUGGCGGCCAUAUUGGAUAUUUUCAGCUCUAAUGAAGCAGAGUUUAACAGCACAUAUUUAAAGGAGUUGUUUUAGCGAAAACAAAAGAUAGAUGAGAAGAUUAAUAGCACUAUCAUAUACGUACUUUCAGCAUGUAACUAGAAGACGUUAAACUUAGCUUAGCGUAGGGACUGUAGGCAGGGAGAAACAGCUAGCCUGGCCCUGUCAUGGUUAGCACCAGCAUCUCGACGGCUCAGUAAUUACGUUGUAUCAUGUUUGUUAAAUUUGUGCAAUAAAAUUACGUGCAAAAUCGACUAUUUGUUGUAUUUACAGGAGGUUUCGUAAGCGUGGCCAAGAGAUAAUCUGGCACACAACCCCUCGUAAAACCUCAAUUUGUCAUUUUUACAAACUAUGGAUUAAACAAAUGACAUAUACGGUUUUAAUUAGUGCGCUUUAGAGGUUCUGGUUGGUGGAUUUUGUUGCCUUCAGACAGUCAGGUGCUGUUUCCCCAUUUCCAGUCUUCCUUUAUUCUAAGCUAGGCUAAGCGAACAGCCUCCUGGCUGUAUCUUUGUAUUUAAUGGACAGAUGUGACAGUUAUAAUAAUCUUUUCAUCUAACUCUUAGGAGGAAAGCAAAAUUAACAUAUUUCCCAGCGUCUGUAAGGGUUUGGAAAGGAAAAGAAACAAUCACUUUAUCACUUAUCUCUGUGGUAUGUACCUGUUGACGUGUCCAGUAGAAGCACUCUAACGCAAUUGUUAUAUCCUGAACGUGGCUAUUAUUAGUGCACAGUCAGUUUUCCAGUAGAGGACGUCAGCCCUGGUUGCUAGGAGAAUUGUGACGCAACCGCAGAUCAUCUACAUAGACAUCCAGAAUGAGAACAACGACAUUGAGCACAAAGUCGUUCUGAACUUGUUAAUCCUGCUCUGAGGAAUACUCUUUACAGUGUCUCAUCAUGUUUCCAAUAGCCCUGGUGUAGCAAAUUGAGCCUUAAUGUGUGAAUCUAGGAAUUAAAACUUGCAGAAUAUCUCGAGGCACGUUAACUGAUGUUCCCUCCCCCCCCCAUCUCGACAGUCACCAUUUACCUUGAUGUGGGGAUUUUCCUGGUGUGAGCAGCAUUCAUUAUUUCUACAUUUUCAGAGGACUAAUGUGAUCACAGUUUCUCUGCCAUCUUUGUAUUUCUUCUAAUGGAGUAAUAAAUGACUCUUAUGUA